GGGGCUGCUGGCGGGAAGGCACGAAAGAGAGAGAGAGGGAGAGAGGGAGAGAGAGAGAUAACCACAGAGUGUGUGUGUGAGAGAGAAGGGAGAUAGCGCGUGCGUGCGUGUUUGUGCGCGCGUGCGGAUUGCACCACCGCAUCCCGUUCACCGUUUCUGCAGGCGGCCGAGCUCCGAUGGAGAUAAUAAACCCGCGCUAGGGGCUUUUCUCUUUUCUUCCCCCCCCACCCCCUUCCUCCUUCUCCUCCUCCUCGUCCUCCAUCCUCUGAUCCAGCCGUUCCAGAUGUGACCGACAAGUCGUUGCAUGACGCCCGCAUUCAGUCCCGCGCCGCUCACCUCGGAGAGACUGUGACACCAUGGCUUUGGUUAUGGAGCCUAUCAGUAAAUGGACACCAAAGCAAGUGCUAGACUGGAUGAAAGGUCUGGAUGACUGCCUCCAGCAGUACGUGAAGAGCUUUGAGCGGGAGCAGAUAGGAGGAGAGCAGCUGUUGCACAUCACCCACCAGGAGCUGGAAGAGCUGGGCGUCACCAGAAUAGGACACCAGGAGCUUAUACUGGAAGCUGUGGACCUCCUCUGUGCCCUGAACUAUGGCUUAGAAACAGAGAACCUCAGAACAUUGUCCCACAAGCUCAACGCUUCAGCAAAGAACCUCCAGAACUUCAUCCUGGGCCGACGGAGGGGCGGUCAUUACGACGGACGAGCCUCCAGAAGGUUGCCCAACGACUUCCUUACGUCAGUGGUGGAUUUGAUUGGUGCUGCCAAGAAUCUGCUCGCCUGGCUUGACAGGUCUCCAUUCGCCAGUGUGACUGAGUAUUCGUUACUGAAGAACAACAUUGUCCAGCUGUGCUUAGAGCUGACCACCAUUGUACAACAGGACUGCACCGUGUAUGAAACGGAGAAUAAGAUCCUUCAUGUGUGCAAGACGCUCGCAGGGAUUUGCGACCACAUCAUCUCUCUGUCGUCGGACUCUCUGGUAUCUCAGUCGGCACAUCUGGAGGUGGUCCACCUCACCAGCAUCAUGCCCAGCGAAGGCCUGGGGAUGUACAUCAAGUCAACAUACGAUGGACUCCACGUUAUCACUGGAACCACAGAGAACUCGCCGGCAGAUCAGUGCAAGAAGAUCCACGCUGGAGACGAGGUGAUCCAAGUCAACCACCAGACAGUGGUGGGAUGGCAGCUGAAGAACCUGGUGAACGCUCUGAGAGAAGACCCGUGCGGAGUCAUCCUCACGCUGAAGAAAAGGCCCCAGAACACCCUGAGCUCCACCCCAGCUCUGCUCAGGAACGUCCGCUGGAAACCACUGGGCCUGCAGCCCAUCCCUACCAGUCCCACCAGCACGUCCCCCACACCCGGUGGAACCCUGGGCAUGUCCAAAAUGGACGCCCCCAGCAUGCAGGACGUCUACAUCCUCUCUCCCGUCUCUGGACUCUACAGCACCAGGGAGGAGAUGGGCCUCAUGUCGUGCGACGACAUCGGUCGCUACAGCGUAGGCUCCCAGUCCGGGUCCAAGGGCUCGGAGGCCGUCAGCUACUACCUGGACCAGGACAGCGGUCAGUACUUCUCUCUGCUGGAGGGCGACGGACCCGCUGGGACGGACUACGACCGGGGUCGCAAUACGGGCGUGCGACGGCGGGACAAGACACCGACGCACGGUGAUCUCAGACCUGUUUCCAUGCCUCCUGAAUAUAACUGGAUGGCCGAAGCCAAGGAACCCAGCAUGGGCAAGAGAGGGAGCAGAGAUUCGGACAACUCGCUGCUGCGGUAUCUCAGCGACGACAAGAUCCUGGUGAUCGAGGAGGAGCCCGAGGGUCCGGGCAGAGAGAGCCGGAGGGAUUCCACCAGACGCUCGCGUCGCAAGAGCCGUAAUCCCAGCAGCCCCAGCUUUCCGAUCAGCCCCUCCAUGCUUUCCUCCACCUUAAGGCUUGACCAACCACCUGAGCCUCUCCCGCGGGGUGCAGACACGCUGCGAGCAGACACGACCGACCGGUACUCUGGUACAGGAAGCUCAGGAGCCGCCUCCAUGAGGAAGUCUUUCCAUUACACGUCUUUAAGAACAAAAACCAAAAAGAGAAGUAAAGGUUCCCUCACCAGUGCCAGUCGAAGGAGAAUCUCCUGUAAGGAUUUGGGCCACGGCGACUGCGAGGGCUGGCUGUGGAAGAAGAAGGACGCUAAAGGCUAUUUCACCCAAAAAUGGAGGAAGUACUGGUUCAUCCUCAAAGAAUCUUGCCUUUACUGGUACACCAACCAAAACGAUGAGAAGGCUGAGGGCUUCAUCAGCCUCCCCGAGUUCAGAAUAGACCGAGCCAUAGAGUGCAGGCGGAAAUUCGCCUUCAAAGCCUGUCACCCCAAAAUCAAGAGCUUCUUCUUCGCCACAGAUUGUCUCGAGGAGAUGAACAGGUGGAUGAACCGGCUGGGCUUAGCUGCUAUUGGCUACACACCUGACGACAAGGUGCCACGCCCCGAUGAAGACUACUGGAGCGAGAGCGAUCAAGACGAGGUUGACGGAUCGAUGACACUCAAACAGGAGGGGCCCUCGUCCCUCUGCGAUACUUACCACCGCACGCCAUCUGUGAAUUCCUCCAGCCCUUUCCCGGAGUCCAAGCACGGUCGGCAUUUCUCGAGCGAGUCCACGCACUCUCACUCCUCGGCCGAGGACCAGCGCGGAGACGGCAUGGGCAUGGGGACGGGCACGGGCAGCACCAGCACCCACUCGUCCAGCUGCCGCUCGUCCCACCGCGAGCGCCGCUCCUGGCAGGACCUCAUCGAGACCCCGCUGACCAGCGCGGGGCUGCACUUCCUGCAGACGGCGCCGGGGGAGAGCGACUACGGCGGCCUGAUGGGGGGAAUGGCCGGAGAGAUGGGGUACUACGGAGGGCUGGGCAGGCAGGGAAUGUCCCCGGAGAGGCGCCGGCAAGCGACGCUACCCGUACGGAGACACCAUGCGGCGGAGAGGGACAGGGAGCGGGACGGGCCCUUCCCGCUGGAGCGGGGGCCGUACACACACAGCCACACGCACCGACGCUCCCACAAGCAGCGGAGCCAGAGUCUACCCAGGAACAGAGAUCCAAUCCUGGGGAAAUUUCUGCACAGUGCGGCUCAUAUGGAGGAAAGGAGCGAGGAUGAGGAGGCAGAGGGCUCAGCUGCAGACAUGCUGGAGGCAGAGGAGGACCUGCGGGAUUUCAGAAUGGACAGCAGAGAAAGGAGAGUGUCGGAGGGAAGGGAACGACGGAUUUCAGACGGACGCGACCCUGAGCCUCUGGACGGGCUGGAGCAGCUCUACCGGGCCCUGGAGCAAGCCAACGUGAACGCUCUGGGAGACCCCAGGCCCUGCAGCAAACAGGAGCUGCGACGCUGUUUCACCCAGAGAGUCAGGGACCCCCUGCUCAACGACCGGCUGCACCGGGUCCGAGCCCUCCGCAGCACUCUGAAGGCCAAAGAGUCUGAGCUGGAAGUGAUCUGCGCCCUUCUGGAGGACCCCACUCUCUGCUCCCAGACCUUCAGAGAGUGGAAGCAGUGGCACAGCGAGCUCUACGCCGAAAUCUGCCAGCUCAGCCCCGGCACCAACGACCAGGACGACCUCUCCCCGAUGGGCGCGCCCCUCAUGACCCACACGCACUCCUUCAUCGAGACGCACGUGUGAGGUGUGCGGCACGGGGCGGCCGACGCGCGAAACCCCAACUCUGGGGCCCGGAGAGCCUCCCGUUGCCCCGUCACGACUCCGAGCACGCACUCACACACAAACACGGGGACAGACUUUGUAAGAUGUGUAAAUAUCACAGAAGGGGGGGGGAAACAGUCUGAGAGGUGCGUGGAUGAACUUUUGAUAAUCACGAGGACCCUCCCCCCACACAGGGUGCCUAUUGCAUGCCUGAACAGAAAGCAUUAAUCUUCCUUUGUCUAUGAAACUCACCUAAAGUCCACACGCUUGUCGAGCAAAACAGUAAAACAAAAAAAAAAGGGAGACUUUGAGCCCAUGUUUGUUUCUUUGUGUUUUUUUUGUUUGUUUGUUUUUGUUGUCAAUGUUAGAGGCCAGGGGGGAGGCUAUGUAGCAGCAAUACAGACGAGAAACCUUUUCACCACAGCACUGUACUUUUCUACUGAUGAACUUUGCACCCAGAGCCACCAGUUCUCCCCCUUUCUCUAAAAGUUGUUUUCUUUACUUCUCAUUGCAUAUCUCGUUGAUUUACAGAGAAAUGGCUGUUAUUUCAGGCUGAUCCCUCGCGGGAAAUUGUGAGAACAGGAGCUUCGGUGUCAAGGCCGCGGCGUCGUUUCUGUAUUUAUUUAAAUUUUUUUUCUUAAAGCUGUUUCUCUGGGAACCCAUGAAAUUAAGCAUCAAGCAACAACUGUGCCGGCCACAAAGCACGCUCCUUUAAACUGUGAAGUGUUCAGACGUCCUUGCAGAAGGAGGCUCCUCUGUUCAAAUGCAAUUCUGUUUUUUUGCACCCUCUGAUUUUUUAUUUAUUUAUUUAUUUAUUUUUGUUCUCCUCCUUCUCCUCUCCCCCCCUAUCGAGUAGUUCUCAAAAAAACUUGUGUAAAUGUGAAUACUGAUGUAAAUGUUUGAGUUCCACUACCACUGUGAUACGCUUCUAGAGGUAGCGGAGAGAGACGGUGUUUCUAUUAGUGUGGGUGCAAGACGACUGGGUUGUUUUUUUUUUUGUUUGUUUGUUUGUUUUUUUACCUUUUGGUUGUUCUUUUGUUUUUCCCACUCAAUGCAAGAGCAAAGGAGUUCUCUUUUCAAAGAAGUCACUCACUACAAAGAAUGCACUUUCUGUAUCUCUGUGUCCCGUCGGCUGCAUCACAGGGUCUCCGUCUCAUCGGCCUCCUUCCCAUCGCUGUUCAGAUAUCAGGUAAAAAGCGUUUGCCGUCUCAUUUGCUAACGAUUCGUGUACAGUCUACAGAUAUAUUUAAGCCUAGAGGAGACUAUAUAAAUCUAUUUACGUUUUUGUGUCAUAGAUAUAAUGUAAAGUAAGAUGUAAUCUAUGCCAAGGUUUUUUGCAGUGCCCCCCCUGCCCUCCACCUCCUCUUCACACAGGGCGCUCAUCGGCGGUCGUACCGGCUCGGCUCACAGCUGGUCCAUUUCUCUGCGAUGCGUCGCAUGAGGAAAGGCCCGGGACUGGUUAGAGUGGGACAGGGUAAAAAAAAUACUGUGGAUUAUUUUUCUUCCUUUUUUUAUUUAUUAGUCUUGUAGCGCAUGAUACAUGCAAAAAUGACGUGUUUUUUUUAAUUUUUUUUAUAACGUAUAUUUUUGAAAGCUUUCCUUCAGUGCAUACAAUUUAAAGACACACACUGUACAUCCGAAGGUGAUAUUUCUUUUUGCUGCUCAGCUCUUUCGUAAUGCAGAUGUUGAAUUUUGCAUUCCAGCGGAAGGUUUCAGUUUGUUGUUGUUUUGGUUCAUCUGCAGUGUCUUCUGGAAGUAUUCACACCCCAUAAACAUACUCUGAAUUUGCCUCAUAAAUCCCUCAAACUUUGCUGUGUUUAAUUAGGAUUUUAUGUAACAGACCCAGGGCCGUAUAUUAAAAGAAUGUGGAGCCCGUUUUGGUGCCACAGCCACCACAAAUAAGCUCUUCUACUAAUGCAAAUACACUAAUCCAUUCAUAGGUAUUAUAGGUGGGUCCUAUAAACAGGCAGGUAUGAAUCGAUGCAUGGUAGGUUUCAUUCAUCUGCUGAGCAGUGACCCCAUGUUAUUCCCACCUUAAAUACAAAGCUCCAUAACUUUAUGUUAUGGAGCCAUAAACAAAACCCAAAUAUUAAUACAAUUCGCCUCAUUUUUCCCUAUGAAUUUGACAUAAAGUACAAUGGAAAAAACACAUUUAAUAAAAGAAAAGAAGAGUCUGUAGGGUCCCCCAAAGAUUGUGACCCUGUUCUAUUUUUAAUCCGUCUGUCGCUUAAAAGAAACAGUUGAAUAUAAUUUCCAUUCUUUUUUUUUUUUUUUACUAAUAAAAUCUGAAAAACACGGCAUGCUUUUGUGUUCGUUCCUCAUAAGUCUCAUAUUUGCCGCAGUUUCACCAGGAGGUCUGUUGGCCAGAACUCUUCUGGGUCUUGAGAUAAAUAUGUUUUAUAUUCUCUGAAAAUAGACCAAACUAACGCUGCUGAGAUCAGCAGUCAAAUAACAGUUUCUAAAAUACCUCUCCAGCUGGACUUGAUGCUGCCACCACCACCGUAUGUAAGGUGAGGUGUUAUUUUUGUACCACACACAGUGUCUGACAAGGACAUAUUAUCAAGCUUUGAUUUUAAUUCAUUUUGUUCUAUAACAGCCUUUUUCUUCUCCACUCUUCCAUACAAGUCCAGAGUUGUUCAGUGGGUGACCAAUAUCUGUCCUGUCAACAAAUUCUCUCACCUGAGCUGUGAAUAUCUGGAGUUCUUCCUCAGUCGUUUUCCACGGGUCUCUCCACUGGUUCCUCUUUCAAUGCUCUCUUUCGCCGGCCAUGUCUCUCGGUGGCUUUGCUGUUCUGCUACGCGAGUUAAAAACUAACCCAGCUUUUAACUUCUCCUGCACUUUAUUUCUGACCUCUGCUGUGUUUCUUAGUUUUUAUCAGGCAUUUUUGUUUGUUCCUUUUCCCUAAUAAACCUCUGAAAACAGAUAGGAUUUUUAUUUUUUUUUUUAGGGUUGCCAGAGCGAAAUUUUAUUUGUAAUAUAUUUUCGUACCAGGCAACGUUUUUGCUUGAAGGGGAUCUAUUAUGCGAAAUUCCCAUUUUGCGUAAUGUGAAUUUUUGUACUUCCAUUCGGGUCUCUGCUGCUUCUAAAAAAAAAAAGAAA